AUGCCGGCCAGUUCGGGGAAAGUGGCUAAGCGAGUUGUGCAGUCCACCGUGGACACGAUGCCAGCUUCGCUGCCAGCUUCGCAACCGGUGGUGGCUAAGAAGCGAGCUGUGCAGUCCACCGUGGACACGAUGCCAGCUUCGCAACCGGUGGCGAUGAAGUCCAAGACCAGCAAUGCCAAGAAGCGAAUCAUUUACUGCAGCGACUGCAGUGGGCUGGACGGGGCUGCCUUGGCUCUCCGGAGCCUGGGCGUGCCAAUGCGGCAUCUCUUCGCGUCGGAGAAGAACAAGAGUUACCGGACAGUUUUGAAGGCUUUCCAUCCAGACAUAGAGCAUGUCUUUGAGGACGUGAGCAACAGAUCCACCGAAGACCUCCUGAAUGUGGUUCCAAAGACAAGUGGUGGUCAGACUCGCCUGGUUUAUACGGCGGGCUGGCCGUGCCAGCCCUUUUCCAAGGCUGGAAAGCGGGCAGGUGAGGCUGAUGAUCGAAGCACUUUGGUGUGGAGGGUUCUCCUGACCAUUGACACUUUGUGCCCCGACCUGGUUAUCUUGGAGAACACUGCCAAUCUGACCACUGUGAAGUUCAAGACUCACUUCGAGGAAAUCUUGCGGCUCUUCAAGUCGUUGCAGGGGGAGAAGUACGAGGUUCACUGGGAGAUUCUGAACUCCAGGACGAUUGGGCAGGUGCCAUCGUCGCGGGAACGUGUCUAUGUGGUGGGAAUUCGGAAGGACAGGAAGAAGUUGUCGUGGACGUGGCCCAGUCCUCUGCCAUCCUUCGGCCUGAACCCCAUCCUGGAGCCGGAUGGCGUUUACCCCAAGGUUGACAUGAACACCCUGCCCCGCACGGCACUUCGCAACAUCAUCAGCGCCAUGGAGAAAAUCAAGGAAGGCAAGCCGUUGGGAGAAGGCCCGGUGACAAAGCAGCCCUUCGUCAUUGACAUCGCAUGCAGCCCUGCCUGGUCAAACUUGUCGUACGACGGGGUCCCGGUCGUGACCAAGAGUCAUGCCGGCUGCUUGUGGCUGUUGCACAAGCAGCGGUGCUUGGGGGUGACUGAAGUCUUGCGUGCUCAGGGCAUAGACGCUCGCAAGCUCGGGUUGACCCUUCCCGUUCCUGGGGUCUCGGACAACAUCAUCAUGGAGAUGGCGGGCAAUGCCUUCACUGCCACGGUCUUUGAAAGGCUGUUCAAAGCCUUGCUUCCAGUUAUCGGCGUGAAGGUGUGA